AAUGGUAGUGUUAUUUGGAGAAAUAUUCCCAUCAGCAAUAAUGACAGGAAAGCAUUAACUAAGAAUAGCAUCAUUUAUUACACCUUAUAUUUAGUUUCUAAUUUCAAUUUUAUAUCUGAUAUGUUAUCCCUUAAGUUUGAUUCUAGAUAAGGUUCUGGGCACAAAAUGCAAACGAUAUCAUUUGGAAUACAUUAGAUAAUUGAUGGAGAUCUGCAAACAAUAAGAUGUGAUAAAGCCAGAAGAAUUAAAAAUUAUAGUGUCGGUCAUGGAAUUGAGAAAUAAAUAUGUGAUCAAUUAUAUUAAACCACUUCAUAAUGUUUGUUAUAUUUAACAAGAUGAACCUUAUUGUAAAAGAUUGAUACGGAGACUAAAAAUAAAGGAAUACUCGAUGAUACCUAUAAUUGAGAAUGAUUGUGUGAUUGGAUUGUUCAAAUCUAAAGAUCUGAUAACUAUGGAUGAAUCGAAUUAUGGAUAGCUAGUGGUAGAACUAGUUAAGGUUUAUUAACCUCUGAUAAUUUCAGGGGACACAACGAUGUUGGAUUUGUUGUUGAUGUUUCAAAAAUACAAGACCAACAUUGCAUUUGCGAUCAGCCAAGAACUCUAAGGGAUGAUAACUCUCAGAGAUUUAUUUAAUGAAAUUCUAGACGAUGUCUAUCUAGAUGAAGACAUACAUGGCACAGUUAGAAUAGAGUCAACAUCGUAAUAAUAGUCAAUACAAACUAUUUAUUGAUA